ACAUGGAAUGGCAUACGAAAAUGAUCACUUAAAGCCCAUUAGCAAGAAAUUACGUUCGGAUAAAUUAACACCUAAUUUGCAUUCUUAACUGCAUCCAAAAGGCAAGCUCAUCGUACAACAAUUGCACUUCCACCUGGUACGAGAGCGCAUUGAUUCGUGGUUCGUGACGUUGUCAAUCCAUCUCGGUUUCCUCCGAGCUUUACAGCAAACCGAACCGAUUAUGUCGGUGAAAACCAGUGUGUGUGUGUCCGACAGCCGGCGAAAGGUAUCCUCCACUACGUGUACACUCUCGUACGCUUAAUGCGAAAGUUUUUGCUUCACGACAGUGACGCCACAGAGCCACGAUCAACGCUCACAAUCGCGUUACCGAGUGCGCACCGCGGUGACGACACAGUCUUACACCGACGGGGAGGGUAAAUACGACCGUGGACACUCUUCGUAAAGCGGCUCGCCAACGGACAGAAGUAAAAGCAACCGCGAAUUGACCCUUACGAGCAUUCUUGACGCGUACCAACACGCGAAUCGCGCUACACGCUUCCCGGCAACGACGGCGUUACCUUUUUUCUGCAGAAUCUCUCGCAUCAGUUCGCAACGAGACUCCGUGCGAAGACGAACGCAACUCGCUAGGAGCACAAAUCACUUUACCGACGACGAUGGCUGUCGAUCAGAAGCUGGAGGAGCUGAUGGGAUUGCUUGGUGACUUUGGCCGGUACCAAGCAUUCCAAUUUGUGCUCCACCUUCUUGCCGCCGUGACCGCUGGUCUGCACAUGCUAUCACUCGUGACAGUUGCUGCAGUACCGGAGCAUCGUUGUUUCGUAGACGCACUAGAUUCGGCAUCCGCCACUGCCAAUGGAUCGACCCUGCCCAGCUUCAGUCAGUUGACAAGCUAUAUACCUCUCAACGCAAAUGGAGAGCUAGAGUCUUGCCUGAUGUAUGAUCCACUAACGUCGGACAACGGUACGACCAUUUCAUGUAGUUCGUACGUGUACAACAACACUUACUACCAAUCAUCGCGAACUAUCGAAUGGAAUCUGGUAUGUGAUAAGCGUUGGAUGGGUGCCCUCGGACAAACGAUCUACAUGCUCGGCGUUUUCACCGGUGCCGUAUGGUUGGGCGGAUUGGCCGAUAAGAUUGGUCGCAAGAAAGUGUUCUGCUGGUCGGCACUAAUGCAACUGAUACUCGGAGUGGCCGUCGCCUUCACGCCCGAGUAUAUCUCGUUCCUGGUGUUGCGUUACCUGUACGGAAUAUUUGGCAGUGCCGGAAGCUACAUUACCGGAUUCGUCCUGACGAUGGAACUGGUGGGACCGAGCAAACGAACACCUUGCGGUAUCUCCUUCCAGGGUGCAUUUGCCGGUGGUAUUAUGCUGGUAGCAGCUUGGGGUGCAUUAAUUCCUGACCGAAUGAUCCUGCAGAUCGUGUAUGGUUUACAUGGCUUACUGCUGGUAGCACACUGGUGGAUCAUGGACGAGUCGCCCCGCUGGCUGUGGAUGCAGGGUCGUAAACGGGAAGCGGUGAACAUUGUAGAUCGUGCUGUACGUAUGAAUGGCCGAGGUAUGAAUGUCGACAAGGACUACUACCUCGCGGAGGACAAAACCACAUACACCGAGGAGGCGGGAGCUACAUCAGCAGGUCUCGGUGAUCUGUUCAAAACACCCAACCUUCGCAAGAUGACCUUGAACGUAUGUCUCUGCUGGUUUGCAAACUCGAUCACAUAUUAUGGUCUCUCGUUAAGCGCCGGCAAAUUGAGUGGAAAUCCAUUCCUUAUUCUGUUCCUGAUGGGUUUGGUAGAGUUCCCUAGCUACAUCUCAAUCAGCUACUUGCUCGACAAGCUCGGUCGGCGUUCGAUCACCAGCUCGCUUAUGAUUGUCGGUGGUAUUUGCUGCAUUGUAGCUGCUUAUUUAACACGCGGAAGCACCGAAUCAACGUCGAUAGUUAUGUUCGGAAAGCUGUUUAUUGCUGGUUCGUUUGCCGUCAUCUACAACUACUCUGCCGAGCUAUUCCCGACCGUCGUUCGGAACUCUGCCAUGGGUCUUGGAUCUAUGUGCGCUCGUUUGGCCGGCGCACUUACACCCAUGAUCACGCUGCUCGAUUCUUUCGAUCCCAAGAUCCCAGCCGUAAUCUUUGGAGUGAUAUCGUUGAUUUCCGGUACAUGGGUACUAUUUCUUCCUGAAACCAUGGGCAAACCGAUGCCACAAAGCUUAAUGGAUGGGGAAAACUUUGGCCGUGGAGAUACGGCUUUUUCAAGUUGCAUGGGACGCAAUAAAACGCAUACGGAAGACUUUCCACCUCCCCAGCAGAUGGUUUCACUCAGGAAAAACAGUCGGUAAAAUAUACACCUGUUGUAUAGUUUUGAACUAAUAGAAGUGUAGCGAUUGGUUUAGUUAUGUAAGAAACAGAUGGACCUGAAAUACAUUGUGCGAUGGUCACUAAAGAUA